UGUAUCCCCCCUCCCCAUGGUUCCUCUAAAUCCAUUGCUCUCUUCCCAGCCCACAGUUUGCCACUACUUCAUGCGGCUGUUGAAGGAGAAGGGGCUUCUGCUGCGCUGCUACACGCAGAAUAUCGACACGCUGGAACGCGUGGCAGGGCUGCAGCCUGAGGAGUUGGUGGAGGCUCAUGGCACCUUCCAAACUGCGCACUGCCUGCGUUCCUCCUGCUGCCAUCAGUAUGACCUGAGUUGGGUGAAAGAGAAAAUCUUCUCAUCCCUCGUCCCUAAGUGUGACGAGUGCCAGAGUGUGGUGAAGCCAGACAUUGUAUUUUUUGGUGAGAAUCUCCCAUCUCGCUUCUUCAGUCUACUGCAGUCUGACUUCCAGAAAGUCGAUCUUCUCAUCAUCAUGGGCACUUCGCUUCAGGUCCAGCCUUUUGCCUCCCUUGUUAACAGGGUCCCUGCCAGCACCCCCCGACUCCUCAUCAACAAGGAGAAAACGGGGCAGAGUGAUGCCUUCAUGUCCCUCAUGGGCUUCGGCUGCGGGAUGGACUUCGACUCAGACAAAGCCUACAGGGAUGUGGCCUGGCUGGGAGACUGCGAUGAGGGCUGCCUGGCGCUGGCAGAGCUGCUGGGCUGGAAGAAGGAGCUGCAGGAGCUUGUGAGGAAGGAACACGCCGCCAUUGAUGCCAUGGCAGCCCAGGAGGACACGAGCAGCACUUCAGGGGGUGACCCCAAAUCCAGGAGGGGCCGCACCGAAGGCUCAGGGGGCCGCACUGAGAGUGGUGGAGCUCCCAGCAAACACCAGGAAGGUGGCAAAGAGCCAUAGAGAGGACAGUGACAUUAAACAGCAGUGCAGACAUUG